GUUAUCACUUAUCAGUCUUCUUUCUUAAUGUUGUCCCACUGUCUAUACAUCCAUAGUUUCUGUAGAUCCUCUUUAUAGUGUUGCACUAGAUCAUUCAGAAAGCUUCUCUUUUUUUCUUUUUCUUAUUUUUUUUUUCACAGAUUUUACUCUCCUAGAAAGCCAUUGACCUGAGCGAAGAGUAUAUUUUUAGCCAACUCUACUCUACCUUUCCUUCCCUCAAACCAAACGGACUAUAUAUUUCUAAUGGGAAGCUUAGGUCAACAUAGAUCAAAAGGCGAAAUUGAAUUGAGAUGGUAUCAAGGUUCAUUUUAUUGGUCAAGAUACAAAUUGAUAUUGAUGAAUGUGAGAUUUGAAUCUAAAUCUGUUAUUCGACAAGAGACUUUACCAGUUGAGCUAAUGAACUUCACUGUCAAGAUACAAAUUGAUAUUGAUGAAUGUGAGAUUUGAAUCUAAAUCAGUUAUUCGGCAAGAGACUUUAUCAGUUGAGCUAAUGAACUUCAUUAUGAAGGACACAAAUUACAGAAGACUCUGCAGCACAAAGACUGUGUCAUCUGUAAAUGAUAAUUUCCCUGGACCAACCAUUCCAGAUCACAAAUGGGAUACUGUUUUUGUUAAUAUACACGAUCGUGGAAAAUAUGGAAUCACAAUCCAUUGGCAUGGAAUCCGACAACCAAGAAAUCCAUGGUCAGAUGGACUAAAGAACAUUAUGAAGUGUCCUAUUCCACUUAAUACAAGCUUCACUCAAGAGAUAAUAUUUUUCAUAGAAAAGGAACUCUAUGGUGGCAUGCACAUAGUGAUUGGUCUCGUGCCACAAAACAUGGCGCCAUUAUUAUUUUACCUACUUUGGGAACCACCUAUUUGUUUCCUAAGCCUUAUGCAGAAGAGGCUAUUGUUCCUGGAACUACAUAUCGUCUACCAGUUAACUAUGGCAGACCUAUCUUCUACGCAUAAUCAAUUCCAUAACGAAUGUAGAACAAUGUUUUGGAAUUGCUAAGCACUACUUCAUAGUUGUUGGGAUUGAUGGUGCAUACAUCAAACCAAUAAAAACUAAUUAUAUCAUGAUAACUCCAGGACAAACAAUGGAGGUUUUUGUCACAGCCAAUCAAUCUCCUAGUCAAUAUUACAUUGCACCAACACUACAGCAAUUCUCCAAUAUAAAGGCAAUUAUACUACCUCAUCAUCUAUUCCCAUCCUAAAACUUCCUAGCUACAAUGACAAAGACGCUGCUAGCAAAUUUACAAUACGUUUAAGGAGCUUAGCAAGCAAAGAACAUCGUAUCAAUAUGCCAAAAAAGGUUAUCAAGAUUCAAGAAGCUUGACUAUCAGUGUUACAGAAGUCUUUGACAGUAAAUUAUAACGAUGUAGUUGAGAUAGUAUUUCAAGUAACUAAAGUUGGGGUUGCAGAUAAUCACCCUAUGCAUCGAUCUACAUGGUUUUAGCUUCUAUGUAAUUGGGAUGGGCUGAGCUUCUGAACAGUGAAAUGUUGCUUAUUAUUAAAUAAUACUAAAUAAUCUUUUUUGCUAA